AUGUCCUCCUUAAAUAUUGAAAACUUGGAGAAAAUUGAUAUUUAAACCCUGAUAGAUGACCCUUAACUAUAUAAAUCUUUGAAGGAAGAUCUAGUAACAGGCUUUAAUGGAUCAAACAAGAUAGAAGUAUUCUUAAUAUGCGCUUAUUUACCUCGAUGGCAUUUUUUUGCCUAAAUUAGAUACAACGCUAAAAAUGAUAAUUUAUAUCUGCUACUCAAUAUCUUGAUAGACUAUUCAUUUGUUGCCUUUCCAAUCAUACUAACAAAUGCAUUGCCAGACUACAUACUAAGUAUUUAUGGGAUUUCCUUCCUAGUAAUAGGAGUGUUAAUUGGAAUAUCAGAGGUUGACAGCAAAGGCAAGAUAAUGAUCAAUAUUUUUAAGUAUCCUAAUCCCAGACUUGCUUAUACUAAAUUUGAAAACCGCAAGCUCUCUGAUUUGAUGCUAGAAUCAAAGAAUGAUUGA